AUGAUUCAUCUACUUCUCAAGCUUUCUUAUCUAUGGUCUAAAUCGUACAAGUUAUGGGCUUGCUCAACUGGUGCUCAAGUUUGGUUGCGUUCUGUUCACAUGGGUUUUGCUGAAAAACAAAGUACGUUUAAAAAAGUAUUAUAUAAAAUUAUAAAACUACUAGCAUGCAUCUAUAUCAUUGAUUAAAUAAUGUAAUAUGAUAUGUUUUAGGACAUUGGUUUGCAAUUCACGACAAUAUAAUGGAUUUGGUUGGAUCAACGGUGUUGUUUUUUUUUAGUUAUUGAAUUGAUGGAGUCAUAGGUUCCUCAACAAUUACAUUUUCAACAGUAUGCAUUAAAAUUAAUAUCGUACAAAACAAUACCUAAUUAUUAUGAAAUUUACAAUUGCUUCAGUACACAGAGUGAUCGGAAUUCACUGAAUUUCUAGAACAUUAUUAUAUGAUUCCCCUAUUUUAUAUUUUUAAUUAAUUUGUUCAUACUAAAAUAAAAUGUUUAAAUUUUAGAUUCUAAAUAAACAGGGGAUUAUAUUGGUUUUUAAUUAAUUUUUUUUUUUACACCGUGUACAAAACGUCUUCUUUAAAUUUUCGAGAAACAAAUUGUUGAAAAAUCAAUACCGUUGACUAUGCUCCACUCAAAAUUGUUUUUUUUAGCAAUGAUUAAACAUUGUGUACAGAUAUAAAUUAAAUUGCCCUCCAUUGCCUUUCUUACAAAAGGCUCUUCUACACUAAUGGCCCACCCAUGGUGCGACAUAUGUCUAUUUUUUUUUUUUAUAAUUGGCAUGUACAAAUCCGAGAUAUGCUUAUUAUAUAUGUUUUUAAACAAAAUUUUACAAACAUCCGGUUUUUACCAUUUUUUCAAGAUUAAAAGAAACAUUAAGGAGCCCUACAAAUUAAUUUUAAUAUAAAUUAUUUUACCUGUUUUUACUCAUAAUUAUUUAUUUAAAUUUUUGGUAGGCAUGACAAAUUUAUUUUUUUUAGAUUGCAACAAAGGAAGGGAUCCUAUUUGUUUUACUAUGAUUUGUGGGUAUUUUUUUUAUUAAUUUUUGUCUGUGAAAAGCAUUUCUACUAGAACAUUUGCUCCGAAGUAUAGACUACAGCACAUUUUCUGAAUGGUAAUUUUAUUUCGUUGGUAUAUUAAGGUGGUCAUUUUUUGAUUUUCCGAAGUGUUUUUUUUUUUUGAAAUAAUUGAUAAAAACCCGAAAGAAAACUAGAGAUAAAACGGCAAAUAUUUUGGGCGCGCCGGGUCGCUAUUGUUUUCAUUGUUUUUAUAAUGUUAACACGAUGUUUUCUACCAGAACAAUUGCUAUAAUCCAAAAAUAACAAGUUAUCGAUUUUUUUUUUCUUAUAAUGUUUCGCCAGUGGUAAAGGAAGUGGUUUUCUGAUAUCGAAUGUAUUUUUCAUAAUAAUUGGAAAAAACCAAAAAAGACGAAAUAUACGUCGAUACAUAUAUGUAUCUUAUAUUCCGAUAUAUACAAAAUAUAUAUUUUUAAUUACAGCAUAUUAUUCAAAAUUUUUACGGCUUAGAUUUUCUACCAUAAAUAUUGCUUCAGCUACAGCAUAUCGUUGCUUUAAUAUAUACGUCUAAUUAUGGUAAAAUAUGAAAUUUAUAUAUAAAAUAAAAAAUAAACAAAUUAAUGAAUGCGUCGUCUGGAGUAUUUACGAUCGAUUUCAAAUUAAAAAUUCAUAAUUAGUUAUGUCGCAGUCAAAAUGUAAAACGCGACUAUAUUUAUUACUAGUAUUAUCCAUUUUAAUAAUUUUGUUAUUAUUUUGUUAUUUUAUUAUUUAAUAAUAUUUGUUUAUUAUUGUAUCUAUUUUCCCAGUUAUUGUUAGUGUAUUUUCCCAGUUUUUCCCAGUUAUUAUGUAAACCGCUUGGAAAAUCAAAAAAUGACCCCCUAAAGUACCACGCAGAUAAAAUUUUGUUGUUGAUCUUUUUGUUAUCGUCUGGAUAAUUAAUAAUUUAUGUAUAUUUGAUAGAUAUUACCCAUAAAUUACAAAUUAUAAUACCAUUUAAUCCUGACAGUUGGACAGAUGAGAGGGCUGCAGGAAAUCUAAGACAAUUGUUCUAAAUACAUUUUUUUACAUUUACAUUUUUUUUAGUAUUUGAUUUGUGUUAUAUUUUAAUCUGAUAUGUAAAUAAUCUACCCCAACCCCCAUAGUUUCUUUGCUUACUAUCAUAUUUUAAAUAACUUUGUAUAUAUUUUGUUUUUAUCGUCAAUAUUGUACGAAUACAUGUUGUAACUGUCUAUAUUUCAUAAUUUAGUUUUUUCUUUAAUAAAUACAAUUAUAUCUGAUUUAAAUGUUCACAAAAAGCUAUACCAAAUUAAUUUCAAAAUUAUGCUUAUGUAUUUAAUUAACCACAAGCAUAUAUACUUGGUAGAGUUUCCCUCUAAAGAUAAUAAAAUGUUUCUAUAAAAAUAUUUGUUUAGAUAUAAUAUUUUAAAUAAUAAUUAUACAGCAGUAUAAAAAAUUAUUAUUAUUAUUUUUUUUUAUUUUUUUAGAACAGACCGUCAGACAAACAUUCAAGAAAUUUUGUCAAAAAUGAUUUCAUGUUCAAACAGUCUAAAGAAAUUUGCUGAAAGUUUUGAUUUUGUAAUUGUAUUUUAA